AUGGAGAACCUUUUCCCCCAAAGAAUUUGCCAGGAGCUAAAGCUCAAAACGAUAAUGGCAAAAUGCAGAAUCAGUGAAGCAGUGCAUGUUGCCUUGCUUGGACUGCAAGAUGCAGGAGCAGUUGCUAGUUCUUCUGCUGCAAAGAUCUAUGGCUUGAAUAUUCUUGCUGAAGACAUUCAGGAUGAUAGUGAUAAUGUCACCAGAUUUUUAAUGUUAGCACGAGAACCUAUAAUUCCAGGCACUGACAGGCCAUUUAAGACAAGCGUAGUUUUUUCUUUAGAAGAGGGUCCUGGUAUUCUUUUCAAGGCCCUUGCUGUUUUUGCUUUGCGUCAGAUUAACCUUACAAAGAUUGAAAGCCGUCCUUUGCGAAACCAACCUCUACGAGCUGAUGAUAACAACAAUUCCAAGUACUUUGAUUAUCUUUUCUAUGUUGAUUUUGAAGCAUCAAUGGCUGAUCAAAAUGCACAAAAUGCCCUAAGGCAUCUAAAGGAGUUUGCUACAUUCUUGCGAGUGCUAGGGAGCUAUCCAGUGGACACUACCUCGACGUAA